ACAAACCAAGCAACACAUAGGUGCAAUUCAAUCACCGGACUUAUCUGACAUCCCGUCCUUGCGAUCGCCAACGUCUCUCUGUCUCAAUUAUCCGCCUGACGCAACAACAAAGCGGCAGAGAUAUAUCCUAGCCAGAGCGAGAAAAUCUGAGAGAGAAAGAGAGAAUCAGAGAGAGAUUUUCUUAGAGAUUGAAUUAAAAAAGGGUCUCCGCAGAGGAAAAAGUUGCAGAGGGGACUUUAAUAUAAAACGCACCCGAAAAUUAAAGUCCCAUCCACGCUAAUUGCACCCUCUGCAACGUUUCUAUAUCAUUAUAACCAUUUAUGUUUAUGUAUAUAAAUAAAUAUAGAGACCGAAGAAGACGACGACGACGAGAGUUAUGAAACCCCAGCAUGCAGCACCACCGCUUUUCUCGUUAUAAUACGUCCAUUGUCUCUAAAUGGUUUCUAUGGCUCUGUCUCGUAAUUAGGGUUUUAUUCGUCCUCGAUUUCCGAGAAAUGAUACUACCAGUAGAAGAAAUGAACAAACACCAUCAAUCUAUCAGUAUUGGCUGCCUAUGGAUUGAAACACACAAUGAAAUGUCAUGUUUGAUGCAUUUAACAUUCUUUUGCAGACUACCUCAAAAACUGUGGUAGUUGGAUCUCAUGUAUGGGUGGAUGAUCCUGAGGUCGCUUGGAAAGAUGGGGACGUUACGGAAGUUAGGGGUGAUGUAAUUACAGUAAGGUGCACAUCAGGAGAAAAGGUUGUACGUAAAAUAUCCACUAUCUUUCCCAAAGAUACUGAGCUCCCUUCAAAUGGUGUCGAUGAUAUGACAAAGUUAACUUAUUUGGAUGAGCCUGGUGUUUUGCAGAAUCUAAGCUGCCGAUUUGGUGUGAAUGAAAUAUAUACUUAUACAGGCCGUAUACUGAUUGCUGUAAACCCUUUUCAAAGACUGCCUCAUUUAUACGAAAAGGAUUUGAUGAAACAAUAUAAAGGGGCUGCUUUACAUGAUCUGAGUCCACACCCUUUUGCUAUUGCGGAUUCUGCCUACAAGAAAAUGAUCGAUGAGGGAAUAAGCCAGUCAAUUUUGGUUAGUGGAGAAAGUGGAGCCGGUAAAACAGAAAGCACCAAAAUGCUUAUGCAGUAUCUUGCAUAUAUGGGAGGGAAAGCUGCAGCCGAUGGACGGAGCGUUGAGCAGCAAGUCCUACAAUCCAAUCCUGUUCUUGAAGCAUUUGGUAAUGCAAAGACUGUGAGAAACAAUAACUCAAGCCGCUUUGGUAAAUUUGUUGAGAUUCAGUUCAAUGAUCGGGGAAAGAUCUCUGGCGCUGCUAUCAGAACUUAUCUGUUGGAAAGAUCCCGUGUUUGUCAGGUUUCAGAUCCAGAAAGAAAUUAUCAUUGCUUCUAUAUGAUUUGUGCUGCACCGCCUGAGGAUGCUGAAAGGUACAAGGUAGGCAAUCCACGGACAUACCAUUAUCUGAAUCAAUCAAAAUGCAUUGAAUUGGAUGCAAUGGAUGAUUCUAAGGAGUAUGUUGAAACAAAAAGGGCCAUGAAUGUUGUGGGAAUUGGUCCAGAUGAACAGGAUGCAAUUUUCCGAGUGGUGGCAGCUGUUCUCCACUUAGGAAAUAUUGAGUUCAAAAAGGGUGGGGAUUCGGAUUCUUCUACACCUAAGGAUGAUCAAUCUCGGUUACAUUUAAAAACUGCAGCUGAGCUAUUUAUGUGUGAUGAGAAGUCACUAGAAGACUCCUUGUGCAAACGUGUGAUAGUAACUAGGGGUGAGGCCAUAACCAAACACCUAGACCCGGCCGCUGCUGCAAUCAGCAGAGAUGCUUUGGCAAAAACUGUUUACUCGAGAUUAUUUGAUUGGAUUGUGAAGAAGAUUAAUGAUACUAUUGGUCAAGAUCCUGGCUCAAAAUAUUUGAUUGGGGUAUUGGAUAUCUAUGGAUUUGAGAGUUUCAAGACAAACAGCUUUGAACAAUUUUGUAUCAAUCUAACCAAUGAAAAACUUCAACAACACUUCAAUCAGCAUGUUUUCAAGAUGGAACAAGAGGAGUACAAAAAAGAAGCUAUUGACUGGAGUUAUAUAGAGUUUGUUGACAAUCAAGAUAUUCUUGAUCUCAUUGAAAAGAAACCUGGAGGAAUAAUUGCUCUUCUGGAUGAGGCUUGCAUUUUGCCCAGAUCAACACAUAAAACGUUCGCAGAAAAGUUGUAUCAAACCUUCAGCUCUCAUAAACGUUUCAAAAAGCCGAAGUUUUCACAGACUGAUUUUACGAUAUGCCAUUAUGCUGGUGAUGUCACUUAUCAGAGUGAAUUUUUCCUGGAUAAAAAUAAAGACUAUGUUAUAGGAGAGCAUCAAGAUCUUAUGAGUGCUUCCAGGAGUCCCUUUGUAUCAGGACUGUUCCCACCCUUACCUGUACAAUCUUCCAAUAAAUCAAAAUUUUCGUCAAUAGGUUCCCGAUUCAAGCAACAACUCCAGUCUUUGCUUGAGACACUUAGUGCUACAGAGCCACACUAUGUUCGUUGUAUAAAGCCAAACAAUCUUCUGAAGCCUGGUAUCUUUGAGAAUAAAAAUGCACUACAUCAGCUUCAAUGUGGGGGAGUCAUGGAGGCAAUAAGGAUCAGUCGUGCUGGGUUUCCAACAAGGAAAACGUUUGAUGAAUUCAAAACAAGAUUUAGAUUACUUGAACCUGAUAUUUUGGGUGGAAGAUAUGAUGAAGUUACUGCUUGCAAGAAGCUCUUGGAGAAGACAGGCCUUAAGGGCUACCAGGUUGGCAAGACAAAAGUAUUUCUUCGAGCUGGUCAAAUGGCAGAGCUAGAUGCUCAUCUUACUGAACUCUUGGGAAAAUCAGCAAUUAUCAUCCAGAGCAAAUUUCGUUCAUACCAUGCUCAUAGGGACUUUACAAGAUUGCGGUUCUGUGUCAUACCAUUCCAAACAUAUUGCAGAAGGCAAGUAGCACGCCAGAGAUAUGAGACUGCCAAAAGGUUGGUGCAGUCAGCUAUUAACAUUCAAGCUGGAAUACGUGGGAUGUCUGCUCGGCUUAAUUUUCGGACUAGGAAGCAAACUAAAGCAGCAAAAAUGCAGGUUGCUAAAGGAACUGGUCCUCCCCAAGCUGCUAGCGCUAAGAUUAAAUUGGAACCUAAGAGUAACUUGGAACCUAAGAGUAAAUUGGACCCUAAGAGUAACUUGGAACCCAAGAGUAAAUUGGAACAGGAAGUUGAGGAACUGACUGGGCAAUUGCAGUUAGAGAAACGCAUGAGGGCAGAAGAAACUGAAAAGCUGAAAUCUGAUCUGGAAAAGAUGCGGCUUCAGUUUCAAGGAGGCAAAGUUUCUGGGUUUCCAAUUGGUGCAAGUGAUAAUGAAGUCAUUAAUGCACUAACUGCUGAAAACGAGAAACUCAAGUCCCAAGUUAAUACACUGGAAAACAGAAUUAUUCAGCUGAAGACAGACAUGCAACGACUUGAAGAAAAACUGUCUGACAUUGAGGUGGAGGGUCACGUCCUACGGCAACAAACAGUACAAACUGGGUCACCAACUGCAGAAGGCCAGGAACACAUUGAAGAUCUUAUAAGAUGUGUUACGAAAAAUGUUGGGUUUAGUCAAAAAAAACCAGUUGCAGCAGUUACCAUGUUCAGAUGCCUCAUGCAGUGGAAGUCUUUUGAAGCAGAUAGAAGUAGAGUAUUUGAUAUUCUUAUUCAGAUGAUUGGUUCAAAAAUUGAGGAUGAGGGUGAUAAUGAGCUUAUAAUUUAUUGGUAUUCCAACACAUCCACGUUACUCUUUUUACUUCAAAGAAGCUUCAAGACAAAGACCCAACCAACAGGUUUCUUUGGAAGAAUGACACAGGGCUUCCUAUCAUCUCCUUCAGAUGUUGGGGGGACGCAAGAAGUUGAGCCCAAGUAUCCAGCAAUACGUUUUAAACAGCAACUUACAGCUUAUGUUGAAAAGAUAUAUACAAUUGUUAGGAACAAUCUGAAGAAGGAAUUGUCACCAUCUCUUGAUUAUUUUACUCAGCCGAGUUUAAAGCUUCCUGAUGAUAGUCCAGAUAAACACUGGGACAGUAUUCUUCACACUUUAAAAAAAUCUUUACGUACAUUCAAAGACAAUUAUGUGCAUCCUGUUCUUGUACAGAAAAUAUUUACUCAGACAUUUUCCUAUAUUAAUGUAAAGAUAUUUAAUAGUUUUCUUCUUCAUCAAGAAUGUUGCUCGCUAGUCAAUGGGGAAUUUUUGGAGGCUGGCUUAGGUGUAAUAGAACUUUGGUGUGACCAGGCAGCUUUGUAUGCAGGCUCAUCAUGGGAUGAAUUAACUCACAUAAGGCAGGCUGUUGGAUUUUUGGCUAUGCAGGAUAAAUCGAAAGUCACCUACACUGAUUUAACUAAUAAUCUAUGCCCGGGUUUGAGUGUUCAGCAACUGCAUAGAAUAUGUACGCUUGUUAACAGCAAUGGCAAGAAAGCUAAUUCAUGUGUAUCGGCAGAUAUAUUUUCUCAAAUGAAAAAAAUAAUGACCGCCGAUGUUGAUGUCAACUCACUUUUGUUGGAUGAUAAUUCUAGCAUUCCUGUCACGGUUGAUGAACUCAAUGAUCCAACAACUAAAGUGGAAGGUAUCUCUGAUGUGGAACCUCCUUCGGAACUUGUAGAGUUAGAAGCUUUCAAAUUUUUAAAGGGGUAAAGCUUCAAAAGAUCCAAGAAUGUCAACAACAAUGAGCUGACUCCCUGUCUUGCCAGAACCACGUGUAUAUAUAUACCCCAAAUAUCAGGUAUCAAGAUAGAGGUGUACCCUAUUUGUAUAAUGCAGUUCCCUUGGUGUAAAUAUAGUUUUCUUUUAGAUUAAUGGAGGGAAAGAAGUAAUGAUUAGCGUUAGAUGGCAGGGAAUGUAGAAAGUUUAGCCUCUGACAUCUUAGUUUUCGUUUGUUUAGCUAAUUGUUAUGUUUAAACAAUUGACAAGAGGAAUAGGUUUCAUCAAAGCAGUGUAAUAUCUUCCUAACUUUUUUCUUUUAUCUUUUAUAUUUUUCCUUUUUUUUGUUCA